AUGAGGAAGAUGCAAAUGAACAUCGCAAAGGCAACAGCAGAGGAUAUGAUGGCACAUCAUCGAUCUAUUAUUGAGGAAUUCCGGAAGGCUCUUGUCGGGCAUGAAAUGAAUCCUACAGGGAAGAUAUCUUCUCAUGUGUCUACCGAGAUAGAUGCGACGAAGGAUGUGCGCACGCGGAAGGUUUUUGGCGUGGGAUCGGGCGAUGAUGGUGAAGGGAAAACUCCUGUGAACUUACCAAACCGAUUGGAGGUUAAAGAUCCAUCGGCUGUGCGUGGGAGGUCAUUGCAGCAAGCUGAGCAAGGGAGAGGAUCUGGGAGGGCUUCUUGGAGUAGUGUCCUGUCUGAGGUAAUUGAUGAGGACAAGUUGUCGAGUCGCCGGCAGUUGAGGAGGUUAUCAAGAAGAAAUGAUACUCCACGUGGCAGUAUUGAGAAUAAGGACUUCACCAAGGAGGAGGCCGGCCCCGACCAGUCGCCUCUGCUGAAGGGCGGGGCGUUGGACUCACUGGUGGAAUAUUAUGCUCAUGCUGGUGCUAUGGAAAGUGGAAAAUCUUCAGGGAGAUGGAUCGUCUACCCGGACCGUAAAUUCCGACUGGUUUGGGAUUUCGUCAGUCUCCUCUUCAUCGCCUAUCAAUCCUUCUUGGAACUCAACCUGGAAAAUAAAGCGAUAAUAUAUAAUUAUACUCGCACGUGGUUUAUCGUGGAUCUUAUUUCCUCGACACCAUUUUAUUGGAUAUUCACAGGAGAUACUGGGUCGAGUGAGAGAUCGUCAAUGAGUAUUGUGGACGCCUUCAAAGUUCUAAGUUCGGUGACGAAUCUUGUGGUAUCUUUUGGGGAAUAUAAAACUGAAUUCCGGCAGAGGAUGAAAAGAGCGAUGAAAUUUAUGAGAGCGAAUAACGUCGGACCACAUUUGCAGUUGCGAGUUCGCAGAUAUAUUGAAAAUUUAUUGGAUAAUCAAUUCGAGAGUAAAGCCAAAGCCGAGUUGAUGACGAUGUUGUCGGAUUCGUUGAGGAAUGAAAUGCAGCUCACAUUGAUGGGCAAGUUAUUACGGAGAUAUAAUUUUUUCGCACGAACACGUGAGGAAUUACUCGCGAGGAUAUGCAUGGCUUGCAACCAUGUUUUCUGUGCUCCGGGAGAUGUAAUGUUCUAUCAGGGAGAACCGGCGGAAGGCAUGUAUUUUGUUCGGAAGGGUAGAAUGACGUUGGUGGCUGUGGUGACUGGUGAUGACGAGCGUGGGGCGAACGAGGAUACCUCCGCCUCACGUCGAUCGGGUGGUAAAGUAGAUGGAGAGGAUGAAGGGGAUGAUGCGGAGGUUGUCACUGAACAUGUACGCAGUUUGAAAGCGGAAGACUAUGUGGGGGAGCAAUAUCUAUUCAUUGCGGGCGAUUACGAGGAGACGGGAGUUUGCGGAUCAUUUACGGAGUUGGUGAAGUUGAAAAGAGAUGAUCUUGUGGAAAGGAUAUCGACGAGUCCGGAAGCGGUGACAUUUUAUAUGGAGACCAAAGGAGUGUAUUGUAUAACUAAGAACGAUAUGGAGACGUUCGUCGACCUUGUUACGGAUGGUGUGGUAUUACCAAGUUCAAUCGACGAUCUCGACACUGGGGAUACGAUGCUGAUGUUGGCGGUCCGUUGGGGGAGGGAGAUCGCUGUUGAGAUUCUCACGGAAGCUGUGGAGGAUAAUGGCAGGGCUGUUAAUAUGCCUAGCAUUGUGGACCAUCGUACUCCGUUACAUGUGGCUGUGAAGGAUUUGAAGGUUGAGAUUGUAUCCCUGUUGUUGGAGGGUGGGGCGAAUCCUUUGAUAUUGGAUGAUGCUGAUCUAACUCCGAUAAAUUAUGCUACGGCGGAAUUUGAUGAGAAAGGAUUGAAGAUUGGUAUUCAUCAGCCUGCUAGAGGGCUGCGUAGGAAGGAUACAGGCAGAUCGAGCGCUUUGUUGUUGGCAUCAACAGCAGCAGCACAGGGACUUCAUCAGGGAAGAGUCCAAUCAGCAGUUAUGGACUUCACUGUGGAGCCGAUGACAUCCGAUAGUGAACGUAAGGAGGCCCCUACUGAGAAGUUGAGUGAAGUAUCGAUGGCGGUUACGGAAAUAAGGAAUAUUCUGGCGAUCGCGCUGGCCACGCGAGCGUCUUCGAGUUCUUCAUUGGCUGAAAAAAGAAGUUCUAUGAUGAUGGCGGCCUCGUCGUUGUCCCUUCGUACGCCGUCUGUUGUUGAUCAUAAUUCUUCGAUUGGCGCGAUGAAGGCCCUACUGAAGAGCGGUGUGGAUCCUACAUUGAUCGAUUCGGCAACUAAGGAACCCAUAAUCAUACUGGCGGUAGACAGUGGAUGCGAUGUGGGUAUGGCCACGGUUCUACUGGAGGCUUCGGCGGACCCGAAUGUGGUUGGUCAAAAUGGUGACACGCCCUUGACGAUAGCGGUGACAGCAAACGAUCGAGAUAUGAUAAAAUGUUUGGUGUCACAUGGUGCACAGCUGAAUGUGACUGAUGCGAUGGGAAGGACGUUGAUGGAGAUGACGCAGGAUUCGGCGACUCAUGCUUUAUUGAAGGCUAUGGAUCUACAUUCAGCGGCUGAGAAGAAUGAUAUUGAAGCGUGUAACAUGGCAAUUGAGAGCGGAGCGGAGUUGGAUUUACCUCAUCCGAGAAAUGGGUUUACUCCAUUGCAAACGGCGAUAGAAAAAGGACAUCAUGACCUGGCUGUGGUUUUAUUGGAGGCGAAGCCGAAUUUGGCUACUCAAGGUGGUGGUGGAUUGAGUGCACUUCAUAUCGCAACUCAAAAUGGCGAUAAACACUCUUGUGAACUUUUGAUUGAACAUAAAGCUGAUCCAAACGUGAGGGCUGCCAACGGUGAAACGCCGAUUUUCGGGCUUUUGAGAGUCUCAACUAUUCCGGAUGAUAUUCGAAUUGAAGUCAUCGAUAUACUUUUGGGUGCUGGAGCUGAGGUCAAUGUGUUUGCUAGUAGAGGAGUGACGCCGUUUCAAAGAGCGUUGGAAUCGGGAUGUGGGGAUGGCGUGGUAUCGGUUUUGUUGGAAGGUGGAGCUGUGCCAGACGCUGUGGAUCCGGAUACGAGGGAUUCUACUUUAAUGCGGAUAUGCCGUUAUUCUGAUGAAGAAUUGGCCUUGUCGAUGGCGAGGAGAUGUAUCGACGAUUUUGGUGCGGAUGUCAAUUAUAUGAAUCCGAGGACGGGCGAGACUCCUUUGCAUGCUGUGGCGCUACGGACGAAUGGUGGAAUGGAGUUGCUGCUGUCGCUCCUGUUGGAUCGCGGAGCUGAUGCUGCUGUUACUAACAGGAUGAAGGAGCGGCAUGGGUUUGAUGCGGUUAGAAGAGUAGUGAACUCCUCGACGGGAGUAGCAGGCAUGGCCCCAGCACUAAAUGUGGCAGUGGGUUUACUGGAUUUCGAGAUGACCCACUUCCUGGUCGAAGAGUGCGAUGCAGAUCCCUCGAUCAUACGGGACAAUGAGAAAAUCGAUGAUAUUUUCGAGGUAUUUGGGCGAAUUAGCGAUGAAGUGGCGAAGCUGAAUCCUGAGGGAACUGUACAGGUCGUGAAGGGAGAUCCAGCAUACGAUCACCUUGGCGGCGCGUGUAUUUAUCCUCGACAUCGGGGCGAUGUCGCUGAGAGGUCCUCUGCCAGAUCGGGCAUACUUGCCGACCCCCGUAGGCGUUAUGAAGACACCUCGGAGGAUGUGUCGUCGAUGUCGGAUGAUGAUGAUUAUGAUGAUGACGAUGAUGAUGAUGACGACGAUGAUCCAGCAGACUCUGAUUAA